AUGGCCCGAGGAGGCGGCGGGCGCGCCGCCGAGCACGUGGGCAGGCGCACAUCGUCAUGCGUCUUCGCCGAUAACAUCGCGAAGGCCUCCAUCGCCGCCUACAACGCCGCACUCGCGUCCGUGCCCGAGCCCGCGCGAUCCGAUGCGUUCGGGGGAGGUCGACAGACGGUGCUCGCGGCUGUCGUGGCGCGUGACGAGCGCCUGGACGCGCUCAGGGUGGUGUCGCUGGGCGCGGGGACCAAGUUUAUGUCCGCGGUGGACAUCGAGGCGGACGCGGAAGCGGGGGCGAGGGUCCGCGACAGCCACGCGGAGGUGCUCGCGCGCCGGGGGCUCAAGCGUUUCCUCUACGCGCAGCUCGCCGCCGAGGCUGGACGCUCCCAUCGCGAGCCGUCCCCCGUCGCGACCGGUCGCAAGCGCACGCGCGAGAGGGAGGACCCGGCCUCCUUCACCGCGCCGGCGACGGAACCUGGAAGCCGUUCGGCACGCGACAACGCGUCCCAAACGUGGUCGGUGCUCGAGCGCGCCGGCGAGCGAUAUCGCGUCCGUCCUUCCGUCACCUUCCACCUGUACACGUCCUCCGCGCCCUGCGGCAACGCGACCGUCAAGCGGUGGGCCAAGGGCGCGAAGGAGCGAUUCGUGGACGGCCUCGGCGCCUUCGAGACACCGCCGGGGUCCGACGACCACGGACGCCCGAGCUGGAGCGCGGUGAAGGAGGGGCAGAUCGCGUUCCUGUACAAGAAAGACCCGGGGUCGACCGCGUGCGAGCCGUCGGAACCGCGGGGCACAGGGCUCGGGGCCGAUAAAGCCGACGAAACCGAGAAAGACGUCGCCUCGGGGAAUCGCGCGAUCGCGUCCGGCGGCGGCAGCGGCGACGUCGGACGCUUCGUUCCCCCCGGAGCGUCCACGACUGGGCGGGUGCUGACGUGCAGCGACAAGCUCGCGACGUGGUCGUGCGUCGGGCUCCAGGGCGCGUUGCUGACGGAGUUCCUUGCCGAGCCGGUGUACCUCGCGUCCGUCACGGUCGGUCGCAAGUUUAACCAGGCCAUCCUGAGGCGCGCGCUGUGCUGCCGCGUCCACCGGUUCAUAGACCCCAACGGCGCCGAGCGAAGCGCAAAGGAGACUGAACGACGCGCAAAGGAGACUGAACAGGCGAAGGGCUCGUCGCCCUCGUCGCCCUCGUCGCCCUCGUCGUCGUUCGGGGUGCGACAUCCGAGUGUGAUGUGCACGGCCGUACCCUUCGACCUGGGCGCGUACGCGGAAGGGGAGGGCGCGGUGUUCGAUCGACGGGAGGCGCUCGCGUGGUGGCUGGAAGAUGGUGGACCGACAAGUAUGACGGCGACGCGGGCGAGAGGGACGUCGAGGGACGACGAGCUCUCGGGGGACGAGGACGACGGCGUCGUCGGCGGCAUCGUCGGCGUCGGCGUCAGCGUGGGCGUGGGCGGUCGGUGGGAGGUUCUCGACGGCCGCGCCGGGGUGAGGUUGAUGCCCGACGGCCGUGGACCGUCUUCGCUGUCUCGCGUCUCGUUGCUCGCGACGCAUCGAUUCGUCGUCGAGAACCUCGGACGGGGGGACGUGGAACUGGGACGCGGGGACGCGGCGGGGGGAACGUACGCGGACGCGAAACGAUCGGCGGGGGAGGCGAGCGGCACCAUGGACAAGUCCCGCGUGGUGUCCACCUUCAAGCCCUUCUUCGGCGACUCCAAGAAGGCUGCCAACGUCGAGGAGACCCCGGUGGAGGCGAGGAUGCGGAAGGCCCUGGUGCACACGCUGGUGAAGCACUCGAUGAGAUGCGCGACGGUCAAGGGUGAGGACCGCGCGGCGCUCGUCAUCCAGAGGUACUGGCGCAGCUACGCCGCGGCGCGGGUGCUCCGACGCCUGCGUUGGGCCGCCAGGAGAAAGGCGCUGAGGGAGGGGACCGUCGCGACGAUACUCGGCUUGCCCUUCGCCGUCGCGAGGACCGGUCUCAAGGGCACGUACCUCGCGCUCAGGUCCUUCCUGAUGACGUUCACCGUCUUCAGGAUGCUCGCGGGUACCGUCGGGCGCAUCCCCGUGUCGCUGUAUCGUGCGCUCAUCAGCGCCGAGGGCGCGGUGGGUGUGAGCGGCGCGGCGACCCUCGCGGCGGUUGACUGCGUCCUGGUCAGGGGCACGUACUUCCGCGGCAACUUUCAGGACUACGUCGCGCUCUACGUGGCGACGUUCAUGUUCUGCGACCUGUUCCUCCCCGGGUUCGUCCUCGGGCCGUACAGGGCCGUGGGCGCGGGGGCGAGGAGGGGCGCCAGGUUGGCGGCGCGGCGCGGGGUGUUUUUCGCCGCGGAGAAUGCUCCGGAUGCCAAGGCGAAGAACACGGUGCUGCGAACAGGCGUCUUCCUCGGGCUCGUGACCGAGGACGAGGCCAAACCCAAGCCCAUCGUCAGCGACGCGGACCUUCCAAACGAUCCGGAUCUUCUCAAGGCGCUCAAAGCGGCGGAGAAGUACGCCGAGGCGAGCAGGCAGCGCGCGGAUGAGCUCCAGGAACGACUCAACGCGGUGGAGCAGAUGAUGAAGAUGUUUGGAGAGAUGUCUGAGCACCAGUACAACACCGCGAAGGAGAUCGCGAGCGAGGCGACGCGCAGGCUCGAGAGCACCACCAACGUGGACGAGCGCAUCGACAAGAGGUUCGAGGACAUGACCCUGAUGCUCCGCGAGGCGCGGGACGAGGGCAGGGCGGAGGGGUUCACGGAGGCAAGGAACGAACUUCAACGAUUCGGGUCGCUGGAGGAUGAGAUCGCCGCGAUGAGCCCGGAGGCGCGGGCCAUCGUCGAGAAGGGCCUCAGAGAGGGCAUGGAACACGGGGUGGUCAAGGGCAUGCAGCUGGAGAAGGAACGCAGGAGGAAGGCUGCGAUUUCCUACAAGAUUAAGCGGGCGCUGGGGCUGGCGUCCAGCAACUCACCAGAGGAUGCGAAGAAGCGCGCCGCGCAGGCCAGUUUGGAGCACCUCAAGUCGCACAUCCGCGAGGGCGGCGCGUUUCCCCCGGCGCAGCAACCUCGUCACCGACGCUCGGGCUCCAAGACUUCGAACAACUCGCGGUGACGAGGGACAAGUACGCGUUCCAAACGCUUUGUAAAAAAAUUAUACUCGGGCUCG